GCGUUCACAUAUGGCGCCUACGCCAUGCCGGAUCGUUGGGUCAACAGCCUGGGGCAUCACUGCUUUGUCCCCAUGGCUGCCAUAAAUUCUUUGAUCUGCACCAGCCUUUCUUGCUAUUCUCGGUUCCUAGAGCUGGGGUGGCCCCGCUGGAGUAAGACUGUCCGGACAGCUGCCUUCGUCUACCCGUUCUUCUUCGACAACAUCCCACUCUUCUUCAGGCUUUUGUUCUGUUUUGGCGAUGAUUGUACGUGGAACGACUCCGUGGCUAGUUAUUUCUACCACCUGUUCUUUGCCCUGCUCACUGGCUUCCUUUUCGCGUCGCAUCUGCCGGAACGGCUGGCUCCCGGUCGCUUCGAUUUCAUCGGCCAUAGCCACCAGCUGUUCCACAUCUGUGCCGUGGUGGGCACUCAUUUCCAGUUGGAAGCCAUCCUGGGCGACAUGAACUCUCGGCGGGCAUGGCUGAGCGCCCACAGCCCGCCGGCCACAUUCACCCGUACUUUCGUCAUUCUGGGUGCCACCUUGGUGGGCAACCUCCUCCUCUUUGCUGCCUUCACUGUGGCCCUCUUCCGCUUACCAGGUUCCAUCCGGAUCCUGCAGGGCAGCCUUCUCGAGCCGGAGGGACCCAAGGAGAAGUAGCUGCUGGGGGGGACGACCCCCACCACGGUGGCAUGUCUGGACUGGCGGGCCCUGCCAACUCACUGGUGAUGCCUUCAUACCUGAAGAUCGCCUGGGCGUGGAGGGAAAUGGAGCCCUGGGGGAGAAGGGGCCUAAAUGGAGCAGAAUGUUGGACUCCAUUGUCAUCGUAAGUCGAGGACUAACUGUGACUGUAUUUCCCUGUGUUGGUGGCGAAGGCCUGACAAGCAGGAGAGAAGGCGGGCUCCAAUUUUGCCGGGCAAGGGGGUGUUGAGUUCAGUUCCUGCCCAGUUCAAUAAUUCCAGGCUAAAGUUAGGGU